GCUAUUUCCCUCGGCGGUGCUGUGAUCGGAUUCCUUCAACGAUUUCAUGUUUCCCCCGGGACCAAGAAUGCUUCCAGUCUUCUCGGUGCUAUCGUUGCCAUGUCAUCCACCGGCUCAGCUGUCGGCUCUUUGCUUUGUGGGCUCACCCUUGAAAAAUUGGGCCGCAAGUACACGAUUAUGGUCUCGACCCUGUUUACCAUUGUGGGAGCGGUGUUACAGACUGCUGCUAAUGGAGUGGCCAUGAUGAUCGUCGGCAGGCUGAUCUGCGGUAUCGCACUUGGAAUUCUUAGUCCCUCAAUCUCGGUUUAUAUCUCUGAAUUAGCCCGACCACAGGAGCGAGGAAGAUUCAUCGGAGCCUUCGGCCUCAUUAUGUCCAUCGGGUUCUGCGUUGCAAAUUGGAUUGGAUACGCAUGUUCCUUCGCGAAUACAUCCAAAAUCUGGCGUCUUGAGUUAGCCAUGCAGUUCCCUGUGGCAGUUGUGCUACUUGUUUUCUGCUUUUUCCUUCCCGAGUCUCCCCGUUGGUUGGCCGAAAAGAACCGACCAGAGCAAUUCGAAGCUUCCAUUCGUCGCAUAUAUGCAUCGGAACCAGAAGAAGUCAUUCUGAAAUUGCAAGUUGAAAUCCAGAGCCAAAUUGCCAUCGAAGCGGCAGAGCGUCAAAAUGCAACCCUCGGCCAUGCCCUGAUCGAGUUGUUCGGCAAGAAAUUCAUCAGGCGGACAGCUCUUGCCAUUGCAGUCAUGCAAGUUGGAAUUCUCAGUGGAUCCCUUGCUAUUCAGAACUACCAGUCUCUCAUGUACGGGGCUCUUGGCUUCAAAGGUCAACAGCUUCUUCUAAUCAGUGGCUGCUAUGGUUUUAUGGGGGUCAUUGGACAAUUGAUAAACCUUGCUGGGGUGUCUGAUAAGUGGCCUCGAGUGCGCACGAUGUGGGUUGGAUGUAUCGUUCUUGCUGCCAUGCUAUCCAUAUUAGCAGCACUAUCCAAAGAAUACGGCAGCGGUCAGAAUAUUGUCGGGGCUCGUGCUGGGGUGGCAUUCAUUUUCAUAUACUCAGCGUUAUACGCCGUGUUUUUCAACUCCACUCUAUACACAGUCGCCGCCGAGAUGUUCCCUCAGCAUCUGCGUGGUUAUGGGACUGGCGUCGCAGCAUUUUGUCAAAGUGUUUCCGGCAUCUGGAUCGGCCAAGUUACCCCCUUCGCAUUUGAUGCGAUUACUUGGAAGUACUAUUUUGUCUUCAUUGGCUCUCUUCUCGCUUUAGGCGCACUAUAUGCCUUCUUUUUGGUCGAAACAAACAAUAUUUCUUUGGAAGAAAUUGCAGGAAAGUUUGGGGACAAUGUUGUUUCUGCUGAUAAGGUUGAUACCGCCGUUGUCGAGAAAAGAGGAGAGCAGACAACAGAGCACCUUGAAGGCUAA